GGAGCUCAGCACCGCCCAGAGGAGCGACCCACCGCCCGAAGCUACGCUGCUGAUUGGUGGGAAAUCCUUUCAAAGUGUCCGCCAACAUUCAGAGCGGGCCGCCCUCUGCUGCUCUGCUGGAAGCCUCUUCUCUGGUUGGUCUGUCAGCAAGUCUCGCUCCGCGGACAUAUAAAGGAGCUUUCUGCUGUUGGAGCAACACUUUUUAAGAGCUGAGCUACACUUUUAAAACAAGUCAAUCAUCUUGCCUCUUCAGUUCAGUCCAUUCCACCAUGUUUGGGUCAAUCAUCCUGCUAUUGCUCUGCAUUAUCUUCAUCAUCCAGCUACUCAAAUCCCGGAGGCCCAAGAACUUCCCACCAGGACCCCCUGUCCUUCCGAUACUGGGGAACAUUUUGCACCUGACCGGAGACAACCCUCUGAAGGACUUUGAGAGGCUGAAGAAGUCUUAUGGAAAUGUCUACAGUUUGUAUCUUGGUUCCAAUCCAACUGUAGUCAUCAAUGGGAUGAAGGCCAUGAAGGAGGUCUUGGUGACCAGGGGCAUUGAUUUUGCUGGAAGACCCCAAGACCUGUUUGUCAGUAACAUCGUCCAGGGGAAAGGAGCGAUUCUGGUAGAUUAUGGCACUAGUUGGAAGGCGCAUCGUCGCUUUGCUCUGAUGACCUUGAGGAACUUUGGUCUGGGGAAGAAUUCCAUGGAGGAGAGGAUUCAUGGAGAGCUAAAAUACACCAUUGAUACACUGGAGAAGAGCAUUGGCAAAUCCAUGAGUCCUCAACAUAUGUUUCAUAAUGCGGCCUCCAACAUCAUCUGCCAGGUUCUGUUUGGUAGACGCUACGAGUAUGUUGAUGAGUUCAUCAGAGUGAUUAUUGAAUGCUUUACAGAGAACGGCAAGAUAGCCAAUGGACCAUGGGCUAUGGUGUAUGACGCCUUUCCCAUGAUUCGCAGCCUGCCGCUGCCCUUCCAAAAGGCCUUUAAGAAUGCUGAGACUUGUCAGAAACUUGCGCUUUCUUUGUUGAACGAGCACAAGCAGACCAGAGUCCCUGGAAAUCCACGAGACUUUGUUGACUGCUAUCUGGAUCGACUGGAUAAGGUGACAGAUGAUGAUGGUUCUUCCUUUUCGGAAGACCAACUGUGUUUUUACGCUCUAAAUCUUCACUUUGCUGCGACUGACACUACCUCCAACACCCUGCUUACUGCUUUCCUCUACCUUAUGACCUACCCACACAUACAAGAGCGUUGUCAGCAGGAGAUAGACAUGGUAUUGGAAGGGAAGGAUCAGGCCAGUUUUGAUGACAGACACAACAUGCCUUACAUGCAGGCUGUGAUACAUGAAGUUCAGAGGGUAGCCAACAUUGUGCCACUCAGCGUCUUCCAUUCUACGACUAAAGACACAGAGCUCAUGGGAUAUUCCAUUCCCAGGGGUACAAUGAUCAUCCCUAACAUGACCUCAGUGCUGAAUGAGGAGGGACAAUGGAAAUACCCCAAUGAAUUCACCCCUGAAAACUUCCUCAACGGCCAGGGAGAGUUUGUUAAACCGGAGGCCUUCAUGCCUUUCUCUGCAGGUCCUCGUAUGUGUCUCGGAGAGGGUCUGGCUCGUAUGGAGCUCUUCCUCAUCAUGGUGACGCUGCUGAGGAAGUUUAAGUUCAUCUGGCCAGAGGAUGCAGGAGAACCAGACUAUUCUCCAGUCUAUGGGAUCACUUUGACUCCCAAACCUUAUCGCAUGAAUGUCCAACUCAGGGAAAUGCAGUAAGCCCAGAAUGUUAAAUGAUAUUUUGACCUGUCAAUAGGCAACAGACAACAACCAGCUGUAGCAAUCAAUAAAACAUACAUCUCAUACACAACAAUGCUAUCAGCAACGCUGACCAUAGGGUAUGAUAUUUUUCACAAUACAUUUGGACAGCUCUGGCGAACUCACUAUAUAAUGGACUAGUGAGCGAUUUUGUACUCAGCCAUAUACUUACAAACUUGUGUAUUCCAUAACGUGUUCACUACUGUAACCAUGACAACGAAGGUCCCCUAACCGUAACAAAGUAUUUAUUUUAACCCAAACCAUGAUGAUUCCCUAAACCUAACCAAGUUGUUUUUGUGCCUAAAUCUAACCAAACCUUAAACAUAGUGUUGUGACAUCAUAGAACAGAUUUAAUUUUCAAUAGUGAUUUGUAAUGGUUUUGGAAGGAACAGACAAAUGAUGUCAUGCGUCAGAUCAGAAAACACUACUAUGAGAUGUUGUAGGGGGCGUGGACAAACAAUGUAUUUUGUUGUUUUAAUUUGGAGAACUUGUUGAUUCUAUGACAGGCUUUGAUAUGUAUACUUACCACUUAUGACAUGCUUUGCUAUACUUACUGCUUUGAUAUGUAAUUGAUUUAUUUGGGAUUAAUAUGAUUGAGGCCAUUUGGCCCAAUUGUCAUGUUUUUAGUCUGGUGUGUAACAUUUCUUGCUAUAGCAUUUUUUUAAUGAUAUGCAGUUAAAAAUAUAAACUGCAAAAUUAACAUCUUAGCAGUCUUCCCAUUGUGUCUCUGUUGGCAAAAGUAAAUAUAAUAAAUAAAUACAGCACAAUUGCAUUAUGGAGUGACUGUGAAUGACCAUACUAAAAAUAACCAUAGAGUAGAAUCACACCUCUCUGUCACAGUGUCAAUGAAAACCAUACAAACGUUGUUGUUUUGCAUUAAUAAAUAAAGAACAAAGAUAAAAUACAAACUCCA